AUACAUACCUGUAUGUAUAGAUAUAUACAUAUAUGUGCCCGAAGCCACGUUUCGAGUUCUUUGUUUGUCAGAGGCUGAAAUUGAAAACAAAUCGACCAAAACCCGAAGAUCCUUUGAUUCUUGUGGCGGAAUUCAUGGUUUCUCGAAAUGCGAACCUUGGAGGCGGCUUCUACUUGGAUCCCACCGGCAUGACCUUGCCCGGCCUAGGCCCUUUCUCCGGCGCCGCCGCAACUACCACCUCCUCCGGUGUGGCCGCGGCGACUGCGAUGGUUUCCUCCUCAUCGGAGGAGGAUCCAGGCAAGAAGGUCAGGAAGCCCUACACCAUCACCAAGUCCCGAGAGAGCUGGACCGAGCCCGAGCACGACAAGUUUCUCGAAGCUCUUCAGUUGUUUGACAGAGACUGGAAGAAGAUUGAAGCUUUUAUUGGGACAAAGACAGUGAUACAGAUAAGAAGUCAUGCUCAGAAGUACUUUCUUAAGGCACAGAAGAGUGGAGGGGGUGAACAUCUCCCUCCCCCUAGACCUAAGAGGAAAGCUGCUCAUCCAUACCCACAGAAGGCUCCCAAAAACGCACAGCCUCAGGUUUUGGGGUCCUUCAAAUCAAGUGAACCGGGACAUUUGUUUAGGCCCGAGUCUUCUUCGAUGCCGAUGAAUUCUGCAAAUGCUGCCGGUGUACCUGUGUGGACUAAUACUGUGCAAACGAUUAGCUUUUCACCUAUCCCAAAAGCAGGACCAGGAGCAACUAACAACUGUUCUAGCAGCUCUGAAAAUGCUCCAAGGACGCGACCCAGAGGAGACACUAGUGAACAAGGCAGCCAUGGCCAUUCAUUAAGAGUUUUACCAGACUUUGCCCAAGUAUACAACUUCAUUGGCAGUGUUUUCGACCCAUAUGCUACUGAUCACCGGCAGAAGCUGAAAAAGAUGGACCCCAUAGAUGUGGAAACGGUGAUGCUGCUAAUGAGAAAUCUAGCCAUCAAUCUCGCUAGCCCCGAUUUUGAGGAUCAUAGACGGCUGCUUCCGUGCUACGAUAUUGGAUCCGAUACAACGGAUCACGGGGGUGGAGCAAGUAAAACAUUGAACAAAGAAAAACCCGAGAUCUCAACUUAAUUUUGCGAGAGAAUGAUCGAUGAUCCCUAUCUCAUUCAUCGGCUUUUAUCCUCUGUUGCGUCUCCUACUAUGUCGUGUCGGAACUCGUGGGUAAGACAUGGACGAACAGACACACCAGGUGGAAGGAAGGAAACAUUAAGAGGGACAAGGUACGAUAUUUACAUCUUCCAGUUGAUGGAAUGGCCAUGAAUGCUGUUUUAUGCAGCACUUUGCGUGCUUUUUUGUUGUACAUAGGAAAACAGUCUACAACUUGGGCGGUCGGGGGCUUCCUAUAUAUAUAUCAUAUAUUUUUGUAUAUGGAUAUAAGAUAUAUGUACAGUGCGUUUCAUAUACCUCUGGCCCUGGGGAUGGUUAAUAAUAGAUUUCAAAUCUAUUUAAUGUUCAA